CGGAAGAGGGUCCUUCCUUGUUCGUCAGAGCUCUGAGUUUAUGUUUGCUUCUUCGGCCUUCACCGUGGAUGGCCGGCUUUUCUUUUGUGCGUGAACCGCUACUUGAGAAAUGGUCGCUUUCCCCUAGUCUAGACACGCUUUAAACAUCAGUAGUAAAAGUGCAAGCAUUGGAAUAAGACUUUCGCAAAACAACAUUGUGGAGCAUGGAUUCUCUAUCAGAAGAAUUUUUUACAAGGGAUCCAACUGUGGAGGAGCAGACUAAGGAAGAAAUCAAGAAUAAGGUAGAAAAAUCUACUGACCAACUGGGUAAACAAGAAAAGGACACACCUACUGAUCUUGUCCCUGUUAACUUACUAUUGGAAGUGAAGAAAUUAUUGAAUGCAAUUAAUACUCUACCAAAAGGUGUGGUCCCUCACGUUAAGAAGUUCUUACAAGAAAAUUUUUCCUUCCAAAUUAUGCAGAGAGAAGUUGCAGCUAACAGCCAGAAUGGGGAGGAAAUUGUUCCUGUUCUGACUUUACGUUUCUUGAUAACACAACUGGAAGCAGCGCUUAGGAACAUUCAGGCCACUAAUUAUACUGCACAUCAGAUUAAUAUUGGUUAUUAUUUGACAUUACUGUUUUUGUAUGGAGUAGCACUUACUGAAAGAGGAAAGAAAGAGGAUUACACAGAAGCAGAGAAUAAAUUUCUAGUGAUGAAGAUGGUGAUCCAAGAGAAUGAAAUUUGUGAGAACUUUAUGUCUUUAGUUUAUUUUGGACGUGGUUUGCUUCGUUGUGCUCAGAAGAGAUAUAAUGGAGGACUGCUAGAAUUUCAUAAAAGCUUACAAGAAAUAGGAGAUACAAAUGAUCAUUGGUUUGACAUAGAUCCUACAGAAGAUGAAGAUUUACCUACAACUUUUAAAGAUCUUCUUAAUGAUUUUAUCAAGACAACAGAAAAUAAUAUAAUGAAGCAGACUAUUUGCAGUUAUCUAGAUUGUGAACGAUCUUGUGAAGCUGACAUUUUAAAGAACACCAAUUACAAGGGAUUUUUUCAAUUAAUGUGCAGUAAAAGCUGCUGUGUUUAUUUCCAUAAAAUUUGUUGGAAAAAGUUCAAGAAUUUAAAAUAUCCAGGUGAAAACGAUCAGACCUUUAGUGGGAAAAAAUGUUUGAAGGAAGGAUGUACAGGUGACAUGGUAAGGAUGCUACAAUGUGAUGUACCUGGAAUUGUUAAAAUUUUGUUUGAAGUUGUGAGAAAGGAUGAAUAUAUAACCAUUGAAAAUUUAGGAGCAAGUUAUAAAAAGUUAAUGUCUCUGAAAAUCACUGAUACUGAUAUAAGACCGAAGAUCAGUUUAAAAUUUAGUACAAAAGAUGAAAUGCCUAUCUUCAAACUUGAUUAUAAUUAUUUCUAUCACCUGCUUCAUAUAAUUAUCAUUUCUGGUACUGACAUUGUCCGGCAAAUAUUUGAUGAGGCUAUGCCACCCCCUCUUUUGAAAAAAGAGCUUCUUAUACACAAGAAUGUGCUGGAACCCUACUACAACCAUCUUUGGACCAAUCACCCUUUGGGUGGAGCAUGGCAUCUGCUUUAUCCCCCAAACAAGGAGCUACCACAGUCCAAACAGUUUGACUUGUACCUCCUCUUAGCUCUCAUAAAACAUUUGAAUGUAUUCCCUGCACCCAAAAAAGGCUGGAAUAUGGAACCACCAUCUUCUGAUCUCUCUAAGUCUGCAGACAUCUUGAGGCUGUGCAAAUACAGGGAUAUCCUCCUUAGUGAGAUUUUGAUGAAUGGUCUCACUGAGUCACAAUUCAAUUCAAUUUGGAAAAAAGUUUCAGAUAUUCUUCUGCGCCUUGGGAUGAAGCAAGAGGAUAUUGAGAAAGUGAAGGAGAAUCCCAUUGAGAAUAUCUCCCUUGAUUACCAUCAACUGUCCAUCUACCUAGGCAUACCAGUACCAGAAAUCAUCCAGAGGAUGUUAUCCUGCUAUCAACAAGGAAUUGCUCUACAGUCAAUAACGGGCAGUCAACGUAUUGAAAUAGAAGAGUUACAGAAUGAGGAAGAAGAACUAAGUCCACCCCUCAUGGAGUACAAUAUAAAUGUGAAAUCAAACCCUGAAAUACAGUUAGCAGAAAUGAAUAAAGAUGGAGCGUCAAUACCCAGUGAAUCUUCAACAGAAUCUAUUAAAGAUCUCCAGGAAGUUAAGAGUAAACCAAAGAAAAAGAAAAAGACUAAGAAUAAAAAGAAUAAGGAAUCAAAAGAAGAACAAGUCCCAACUAUGGUAGGAAAGGAAGAGCAGUUGAAGAAAGAGCAAGCAAAUCAACACCCAGUCAGUGGAUUUAUGAAAGAUGAUGCAAGUGAUAUUCAAGAGGAUUCUGCAACUGAAGACAAGUUCUAUAGCCUGGAUGAAUUGCAUAUUCUGGACAUGAUAGAGCAGGGCUCAACCAGUAAAGUAACUGCAGAAUAUGGAGAAACUGAGAAGGAAAAGCUUGCUCGGCAGCGGCAGCUUUAUAAAUUGCACUAUCAAUGUGAAGAUUUCAAAAGACAGUUGAAAACAGUGACUUUUCGGUGGCAAGAAAACCAAAUGCAGAUUAAGAAGAAAGACAAAAUCAUUGCAUCUCUGAACCAACAAGUGGCUUUUGGAAUCAAUAAGGUUUCCAAAUUACAGCGUCAGAGCCAUGCUAAAGAUAAUGAAAUCAAGAAUCUUAAAGAGCAACUUUCCAUGAAAAGAUCUCAGUGGGAAAUGGAGAAGCAUAAUCUGGAAAGCACAAUUAAAACAUACUUAAACAAACUGAAUGCAGAAACUAGCAGAGCUUUAACAGCUGAGGUGUAUUUCUUACAGUGUCGUAGAGAUUUUGGUUUGCUUCAUCUAGAGCAGACUGAAAAGGAAUGCCUCAGUCAGCUUGCCAGGGUGACUCACAUGGCGGCAAGCAAUCUGGAAUCACUUCAAUUAAAGGCUGCAGUAGAGAGUUGGAAUGCCAUCGUAACAGAUGUUAGAAACAAGAUUGCGUUCCUGAGGACACAGUACAAUGAACAAAUUAACAAGGUGAAGCAAGGGUUUGCCUUGAGCACCCUGCCUCCAAUCCAACUUCCUCCGCCACCACCUAGUCCUGAGAUACUGAUGCAGCAGUUCUUGGGAAGACCCCUUGUGAAAGAAUCUUUCUUUAGACCCAUACUCACUGUUCCUCAGAUGCCUGCUGUUUGCCCUGGAGUCAUCUCUGCGCCUGGCCAGCCUAGAGCCCCCCUGAUGACUGGUAUAGCCUGGACUGUGCCAGCACCUGUGGGAGAGGCUGUGUCUCCCAGUGCAAGUCUGGGAAGUGAUCCCCCCAUGAUGAAUUGGGAGAGGAUUACAGACAGGCUGAAAACUGCUUUUCCACAACAAACCAGGAAGGAGCUUACGGAUUUCUUACGGAAAUUGAAGGACAUUCAUGGGAAGUCCUUAUCUGGACUGACAUUUGAUGAAAUUGUGUACAAGAUUUCCCAAUUUAUUGACCCCAAGAGAUCACAGAGCCAAGGAAAAUCUGUACCAAAUGGUAACUGUGUUUCACCCAGCCACACUCCUCCACAGUCUAAUACUGCCCAGCCCCCAAAACCAGCCUGGAGGCCCCUCAGUUCACAAGGGCCUGCCUCAUGGGAAGGAGCGAAUAAUUUGGAUGAUGAGGAGGAAGAAGAAGAGCCUUGUGUGAUCUGUCAUGAGAAUCUCUCUCCAGAAAACCUCUCUGUUUUGCCUUGUGCUCACAAAUUCCAUUCUCAGUGCAUUAGACCUUGGCUGAUGCAACAGGGGACGUGCCCAACCUGCAGACUCCAUGUUUUGUUACCAGAAGAAUUUCCGGGUCACCCCAGCCGGCACUUGCCCAAGAUCUGAUCCAAGGGAGUGAUUUGCAAAGGAAAUUCAGUUAUCAGGUUCCAGAAUUUAGUUUUGCCUUUUAUUAUGAGCUGAUAGUGUGAGUGGUGUAAGCAGUGUGCUCUUUAGUAUUGUACAAAAGAAGCUAGCUAAUCUCAUCAAAGCUGUAGCCAAAGAGGACAGGACAAAUCUUCAGGACUUCGAGCUGAACUGAAAGGGCUUAAAUUUUAAAAGUUACAUUAUAUUUGCCCCUAUCUUAGUAAGCGUUUUCUUCCAGCGUAAACAUCAUUAUUAGCACAUAUCUUAGGAUGUUUUUGUCUUUUUCCUUCUUAUUCCACUUAUCCUUUACUGUCACCCAAUAUAGGCUACAUUUUAAUUUCCUGAAAUCAAUGUAAGAGGAAAAGCAGAAUAGCAAACAAGUAGGAAAAUUCCAGAUUUUAUUUUUCCUUUUAACUUUUAAAACUGCUUACAAAAUACAUAAUUGAAAUACUUAAAUUUUAUCCCUAUCUUCCCCAUUCUUCUCUGGCCUCUAAAUAUGUGCCCAUGAAGAGAUUAUGAGUGACUUGAGGGUGUGGACCAUACAGUGGUGUGUUGGAGCUUAGCUAAUAAUAGUUUGUGAGAAGUGACUGUUGAAGUUUCAGGAAUUUUGUGAGCCAGUGAUCAAAUUGUUCAUAGCUUGAAAUCUGCAUAGUGGGAGUAUUCACACCAUAGAAAUUUGUAAAUGUUAUAAGUCAGGGCUUCUCUUCCCAAGAACUUGUUGUUAAACAUUUACCAGUACACCACUGGGACCAUGUCUGAUCCUCCUAUGUUUCUCCAUGCCUUGCACAGUAGGUGUAGCAUAAAUAUUCCCAGAAUCAGAAAUCGGGAAAUAGAAAUGAGUUAAUGUGUAAAUUAAGUCACUUGCUCAGUUGAAUAAUUGAGAUCUUACAUUCAUUUGUUAACACUGUCAUUGGACCUUACACUUGAAGGAUUUGUUUUCUGCCUUAAAAGUUUCUUAAUUUCACUUUGUCAUGCUGCAGGGUGUGGGGGACUGUACGUAGAUGCUUCUUAUGACAAAGUUAAUAUUCACUGGGCUAAGCUGCCAUCUAAAGCUUGUCAGUAGGAACUUUCUUAGAGGUCAAAAACCUAUUUUGAAAAUAGUAUUGUGUAAAUGCUGUAAGUGUUGUACAUGUCUUUAGUUAAAAAAAAUCUAAAUUCAGUUACCAUGUAAGAUGUUACUUGGUUCAUAUUUGUUUCCAUAAAUUAAUGAAA